AUGCCCAGUCAGCCCUUCAAGGUCAAGGCGGUUUACGAAUACACUUCCCCACACGAAGAUGAUCUCCAUUUUCCCAAUGGAACCAUAAUUACAGUCACGGAUGAAGAAGACGACGAUUGGUAUUCUGGGGAAUACGUGGAUGCUUCAGGAGUGAAGCAGGAGGGGAUCUUCCCCAGGAACUUCGUUGAGAAAUACGAACCUACAGCUCCUCCUAGGCCAACCCGUCAAAGCCGACCCAAAAAAGAGGCAGAGCCUGCUCCCGAGCCAGCCCCCGAGCCAGCACAACCAUCCGAACCAACACACGUAGAGGAGCAAGAACCCGAGCCAGUACAAGAAGCGCCUGUUGCAAGAGACCCCCCUCCACCGGUUCCAAAGCCUGAAGUAGCAAGCUCCCCUCGAGUUGCAGAGCCGGUGCCCCCACCAUCAGCGCUUAAAGCUGUACCAUCUUCGAAGCCGCCGGUUUCCGACAAGCCAAGCGGGGGCUCAUUUCGAGAUCGUAUUGCGGCUUUCAAUAAGGCAGCUCCUCCCCCAGCGCCAUUCAAACCUGGCAGUUUGGGUUCCGGAAGUUCCAGUAACUUCAUCAAGAAGCCUUUCGUUGCUCCACCCCCGAGCAAGAAUUCCUACGUUCCUCCGCCUCGUGAGCUCGCGCCACAGAAAACAUAUAGGCGUGAUGAGGACCCUGAGAUUGCAGCAAAGGAGUCCGAAAAUCUAGACCAAGCGGAACGAGCGGGAUUGGCACCUGCAACUAAUGAAGCUAACACUGAAGAGCAACCAAAGCCGACGAGCUUGAAGGAGAGAAUCGCACUUUUGCAGAAACAGCAAAUGGAACAGGCGUCUCGCCAUGCCGAUGCGGCUCAGAAGAAGGAAAAGCCCAAACGUCCUGUCAAGAAACGAACUGAGUCUCAUCCUGCCGAAGAUGUCGAGGAGGGAGACGGAGCUUCUUUGGAGAGAAAAGAUACCGAGGAGACAGUUGGAAAGGCUUCCAUAGAUUCGGUCCGAGAAGAAUCGAGUGUGCCAAGAAGACGUAAAUCUUCAAAGGAGGCUGUUACAAGUCCCGGUCUCCAUCCCCGAAAGUCGUUCGGCGACGGAAAUGAUGCCGACAUGUCUGGAGCUGGCUAUACUACUGAAGAGCCAGAGGAAAUUUCCACCGGAAAAGAUGACGGCGAUGAGAAGGCGAGAUCCCGUGCGCCUCAGAUUCCUGUUCGAGCACCCACCGCACCUACUCAAGAACCCGAUGUUGGAGAACAAGAGGGUGCUGCCGAGGAGCCACAGGGCGAGGAGGAGGAGGAGGAAGAAGAAGAAGAAGAAGAAGAUCUCGACCCAGAAGCACGUCGUAAGGAAGAAUUGAGAGCACGCAUGGCCAAGAUGAGUGGUGGUAUGGGUAUGCACGGCAUUUUUGGAGGUGGUAUGCCGAUGCCCGCUCCUGUAGCGCCCCCUAAGAAGAAGAAGAAGUCUACCAGCAACAGCGAGAAGCAUUCGGGAGAGUACGGAGCCGAGGAUGUUGAUUCGCCUACUACACGUGCACCUCCUGUCCCUAUGAUCCCAAUGCCUGGCCUGUCCAAAGUUCGGAGCCCGGAGGAAUUUGAGCAGCACGAGCAUGAAGACGAGCAUGCCCCUAUAUCUUCUCGACCAUAUGAUGAGCUCCCAGAUGUUGAGGACGUAGUACCUUCACAAGCUAGGGGUGCUCCACCACCAGUCCCCUCUGCCGAGACUUAUGGCGCUCCCCCCAUACCAGGCGGAAGACCAGCUCCUCCGCCUGUGCCAAAAGAGUCGCGACCUUCCAUUCCGCCCCAAUCGAUGCCAAUGUCCCCCAGUCUCGGGUCUGAAUCCGAUGAUGAGUUGUCUACUAGUGUUCAAAAUCUCUCAAUGAUAAGUCCUAGGAGUGAAGCCCCUCGCGCUCCACCUAGACCUGCGGAAAUUCCUGCAUCACCGCGGUCGCCCCAAAUGAAGAGAGCAUCAACAUCCUACUUUGCGGGUGAUGAGGCUUUCGCGUCCUCUCCUAGUACCCAAGGAUCAGGUAGGCGAGCAAGUAAAGUUCCACCAAUCCCUGGUGCUGCUAUAGCAUCCUCGCCUCAAAGCCGAGCUCCUCCGCCACCACCUCAUGGUGCACCUCCACCAUUGAGCCGAUCAUCGACUGGAGAUCACCGUGUUCUUCUCCCUCCUCAAGCUCCGCCAAGAGAGCCGAGCGAUGAGGAGGUCACCGAAUACGAGGGAGACUAUGAUACUGACAUUGCCUCUGCGGCACCUCAUAAAGAUGCCUUGAAAGCGCAUGCAAGGGACUCGAGCUUAGAGGACAACACGCCCCUUCGAUCACCCGUUACUGCUCCAUCAGCCGUACCACCUCCACUUCCACCAACUUCCGCUCCCCGUGCAGUGCCACCUCCGUUGCCUUCACAAGCGCCUCCUUUACCUUCACAGCCGCCUACACACUCGAGGCAAUCUUCAGAGAUGCCUAGAGCUGCUCCACCCCCUCCGCCGAUAAAAUUGGCCGCACCUUGGGAGCCGGAAGAUGACGACGAAUAUGAUCCUUACAGGUAUACCGCGCCAAAGCAAGGUGUUUCUGUCCCUUCUGUUUCCACUCCUAGAAUUGAACGAAACGACGAAGACAUAUACUCAGCGUCGCCGCCGAGACAGGCACAUGCUCCACCACCUCAAGAGAGGGCAGCUCCUCCACCACCACCUCGUGACUUAGGCCCUGGUCCGUCGAACAGAGGACCACGACAGUCUGUGGAUGUCCAGCGCUCAUCAACCUCUGCCCGAAGAUCUGUAGAGUUGAGUAGAAUGUCUAUGGACCCUGGCUUUGUUGCCAAUGAUGUAGACCUCGGACAGAGCACGUACUGGUGGGCUCAACCGAAAGGCACACCCCCUGUUUUCUCAGGUAGGAAGGACAUCUUGUUCGAGACAGAAGAGUCUACUUCAUCAAAGCGAGGUGGCAAGACCACAACGACUAAAGAUCUCUACGUUCUGUACCAGGAUUAUUCACAAACGAUCAUUACGGCUCAAUAUGAUGCUCAAAACCCAGGGGACUUCAAGCUCGAGCAGCGACACGAACCUCCUCCAUCUCGAUUGCGACAAGAUCAACUAGAGGCGGCACACGAGCAGUUUGGACGCCGUAUUUUCGAAGGAGUAUCAUCCAAAAAGGAUACCGUUGUUGGAGAUGGAACACCACAAGCCCUCAUCAAAGAACUUCUUAAGCCCUUUGCCAAUGCUUUACUCCCCGUCGGAACACGUUCAUACGGUGCACUCGUCUAUGGUAAUCUCGCUAAUGCCUCUACAACCCAAAAUGACGAGAUACGCCCCGGCGACAUCAUCACUCUCCGUAAUACCAAAUUUCAAGGCAAGCAUGGACCAAUGCACGGCAAGUAUAGCAUGGAAGUCGGUAAGCCGGACCACGUUGGCGUGGUAGCUGAGUGGGAUGGCACGAAGAAGAAGGUUAGGGCUUGGGAGCAGGGUCGAGAGAGCAAGAAGGUGAAGCUGGAGAGCUUCAAGUUGGAUGAUCUGCGAAGUGGGGAAGUGAAGAUCUGGAGAGUCAUGCCGCGGAGUUGGGUGGGGUGGCAGGGGCAGAAUUAG